AUGACUUUCAUCUUUCCAAUCGAGAAAUCAGACCAGAGGUCCUUGGUAGGAUGCGCCGUGGUUUUCAGCAUAAUUCCUACGGUAGCAGUGAGUUUGCGAAUCCUUGCCCGUCGAAUUUCAAACAGGAAGACGGACACAAGCGAGUUUUUGGUUAUCACUGCUCUUAUCAAUGUUGUUGGCUACCAUGGUCUUAAUAUUGCUUGUGUGCUGGUAGGGGGUGCAGGAUGGCAUCUGAGAGAAAUCUUGGAGAGAUUCGAAGUUGAGUCUGGCUCAAUGACCUUCCUUAAGCUUUUGUGUUCUGACUGGCGGAUUGGAUCUGCAGAUGAUGGUUGCUCAGCAAUUCAUCGGGCAACUAGUCUUGCGUUAACCAAACUUGCCAUCCUCUCCCUCUACUGCAACAUAUUCACGGUUCGGAGAUUCGUUGUGAUAGCUUAUACAACUGCUAUUAUCAUCCUUCUGUGGAUGAUCGCAGUCAUUGUCGGUGGUUUCCUGAUCUGCCAGCCUGUCGCAUUCAACUGGGACCCAGAUACUCCAGGUGGGCAUUGUGGUAAUCCUAUUACACUAUGGCUCUGCACUGGAAUUCCAAUAUUAUUACCGAUCUGGUUGUUCUGCUACUGCCAAUGUCUUAUCUAUACGGAUUGGAAUUGACACUCUACAAAAAGCUGGUCCUAAUGGCUACUUUCGGUCUUGGUCUUUUUGUCGUCAUAAUUAGCGCUUUCCGACUUUACUCUCUUCUCCACGUCGAUAUGACCGAUGCCACUUUCACCGUCCCUCUAGCCAUCCUAUGGAGUGCUUUGGAGCCUAGCAUUGGUAUCACUCUGGCCUGCGUGCCUCUCUUGCGCCCUCUCUUCGGCGGACGAUACUCCAAGACAGGCACCAUACAAUAUGACUCCGGGAACGUCAAGAGUAUCCAGACAAUCGGUCAAAAGAAAAGCAGGAAGUUUGAUAAACUUCGAGACGACUCUUCUAUUACCCAAUUGACAACAACAUCCGAGUCCGGGUGCGAGUCACUCACAUAUCAUACUCAUGUCAAGUCCAAGGAUGGCAGGUUGGCAUCGAGCAC